UUUCGUCGGUGCCGCAGAAUCGGAAGCACAGGGCAUGGCGCGGGCGGAUCACGAACGUUAGCCUUUGCCCUCACUUGGGCGUGUGUGUAUGUAUGUCGCCUUCUGGCGGUGGCAACUGCGUGCCUUGGUGGUCCUCGAGGCUAUUGCUGCGACUGUGGGCAUUUGAGCGAUUCUGCUACGUGCGACUGGGCGUGUCUGUGGGCGAUGCCAGUGGGUCUCCUCCUAACCAUCCGUUUGCACUGUGUAUCAUGACGCGAUAUCUCGACGGCGCUUGCUUUGUACGUCCGAUGUAUCCGUGUCCAGUGUGGGGUGGAAGUCGUUGUAGCCUUUGCGAGACCCCCUCGAUCCAGCGAGCAAACGUUUCAGCCAAGCUAGUAUGUACAAACACUGUGGUCGUUUUCCCUCUCUCGUAGUCUGUGUGCAUUCUUGCACUUCGCGUGUCGUCCGCUCGUCCAGCCAUGAAGCUCGUAUGUACCUUGCACACCAUGUUUGCCGGGAUGUUGUUGCCCUAGUUCGUCUCGAUCCUUUGUACAAGCGUGCGUCAACUAGUAUGUACACCUCUUUUCGUUCGGGGCAUGUUGCUCUCGUAGUCGUUGGCUGCAUUGGUGCGCCGCCAGACCUGGUCCAGUAUGUGGAGAAAUUCCCCGUGGUCCUUGCUCGUGUUUGCCCCGUGUAGUCGUCGCGAUUUCAGCUCGUUUACUGUCAUGAACGUGGGACACUUCGUGUUGAAAGCUGCCAUGACCUCGCGAUACCUCGGACGGCCCAUUGAGUCCAAUGCGCAUAUCGUGGCGUGUCCCUGGCUUGUCGAUCCUUAUGGGCGUCGCGAGGUGGUGUGAUGUGGUCUGGUGGAACCAGCUCGUCGGUGGAGGUGGCUGGAGCUGUGAGUGAUCGUCACGUACGUCGAGUCGGUUCGUCUGGUUGUGGGUGGGGCGGUUGUUGUAGUUCGUCGGCGGUGCGGUUUGCGUCCCUGGUAUGGCACUUGUGUGGCAAUGUCGUUUGGUGGCCUGUGGUUCUUGCAGAGUUUGGCCCAACGAUCAUGCGCUCCUCGGCCGACUCUUGGUAUGCCCAACCUCAGUCGCGGUCUUCGUUUUGGUGGUUCUGUUCCAGACCUCGACGUUGUUGCACGAUAUAUUUGGUGUCGUCGUGGCGUUUGCGGUGAGUUUGCAUGUGUUUCCCAAGCGGUCUGGUCUAGUGUGUGGUCGUGGUGUUUGUUGGGACCAAGUGGUGCUCUCGCUCUCGGCCAUGUGGACGAUGCUGCUCCGUUAUCGCCGCCGUGUGACGAUCAAGUGGCGUUGCCGUCGAUGGUGCAGUUGUUGAAUGGUGGCGUGUGUGUAUAGGCCGUGUGAAGAGUUGCGACCAAGUCGAAUUCCUGCCACUCGUCGUGGCAGGUGCUGGGUGAUGGGGUCUCCAUCACCCAGAUCCUCAACCGUCGGGAGGCCACGUUGUCGUCGUGGUUGGGCUUGUCACCAAGAGCCUCCCAUUCCAGUCAUGUCGUCUGAGCUGCAUCCGUCCAACUGGAAUGUGUGUGGACUCGGCAAGUGUUGGCGUUGUUGUGUUGGCUUGCCUUUUGCCAGAGAAAGCUCCAACGUGCAACCCGGACGCGUCUGGCAAGUUUUCGAGCCUCGGGACGGCGUGCAGUGGCUUGCGUGGUCCGAAUACAUCAAAAUGAAAAAUCUGUUCGAGAAAACGUUGUCGCUUGGUCUGAUCAACGAGAUCAACCAGUGUCUUGUGUGUGGUCGGAUGCUUUGCUGAGCACGACCUGUUCCAUGUCCAUCCGUCGAACCCACCAAGACGGAUCGAAACCUCGUAGUCCAGCCAGCAUGUCGAGUCAACGACGGGGGUCUCGGUAUUCGUACCACGCCGACGUGCUGCGCCGAGUGAGCAUGCAUCGCAGAUCUCUCUUGGCGCGACACACCGCGGUCUGAAUUCGCUUGGUCCACGCACCAUGAUUGAUAGCAGACAAUAUAUUUCGAAUAUUUAUCUCGCUCGAAAACACAAAGAAAAAGGCGACUUGGAUUAGUGUUUUCGAGCGAGAGAUAACCGUUUGAAAUAUAUUGUCAGGAUAGCACAUUCCAUCGAAAUGGAAGCCGUAAAGUCGACCGUGACUGUGUUUGAGUUCGGGACUGUGCGAGUCCUUGUACAGGAAGAACUCGGGCAUGUGGAAGACGACAACGUGGAUGGACUUGGCAUUGGGUGGUAUGUGUGGCCGUCGGCCAUCAAGCUCGCGACGUUCAUACACCACAACCAGCACUUGGUCGCAGGCAAGCGUGUCCUCGAGCUUGGAGCAGGCACGGCUUUGCCAGGUCUGCUGGCUGCCAAGUUAGGUGCCGCGCACGUCAUGCUGACUGACAAAGACGAAGUUGCGCUGCGAAAUGCCCGAGGGGCCAUCAAACUAAACGGCAUUGCUCCGACCACCAUUACGCUGGUGACAGAUUUGUGUAAAAGAAUGCGCUUGAGUGACAAUCGUCGACUAGAUGCCACUGGCAUGGGGACAAGACUUUGGUGGAGGGCCUGUCGAUGUGAUCCUGGCUGCCGACUGCUUUUACGAUCCCAAUGACUUCGAAGACUUCCUAGCCACGAUGGCGUUCACCUUACACCGCAACCCGCACUGCGUAGUUUACAUCACGUACCAGCUUCGGAGCGUCCACUACACAAUCGCGCCGUACUUGGCACGUUGGAACUUGCAAGCGAACGAAGUGCAUGCGACGAACGACCAAGGGAACGACAAUCAAGUCAGUGUGUUUGUGGUCGAAAUUCGUGGACGCACGUAACGCCCUCUACUCUUCAUCAUCGCAGUCGUUUCAGUCGCGCAGGGGGGGGCGCCGGUCGCUUCAUUGGGGGCUGCGCUGCAGCUUUGUCGUCCAGUGUUUCGUCCCGGUUCCGCUUUUUUGCGUUGACAUGUAGUGGCGGAGACGGCUCCGCUUCCGUGAGAGGCACAGCUCUGGAAUACAGAUAAGCCGAAGCGAUGGCUACAAC